GUUUUCGAAGAUUGGAAAGUCAGCCAGUCCAUCUCAAACAGGGCGCCUUGCAGUGCAACUUCACACUUAUCUCUACAUACAUCCAACUUUGACACACACAAAGUACUGGCACUACUGACGUGAUGGGAUUGCUCAAAAAGUUUGCCAUCGCCCGAAAACCGAAGUCUUCAUGGAAUCUCGCGGAUGAAACUCCGGCGCGACUGCCAGUGCGAGAAAGAGAGCGCCUGCCAGAGAGAAGGGCUCCACUUGAGAAGGAGUACCUCAGACCUCGCCCUUCACCACCGUUACCUUCUUUCAGCUACGCGCCCACUCUGGUAGAAAAAUACGACGACGAAGAGAUCGAUGCCGAGACUGAUAUCGGUCAAAUUCUCAUAGGUAUUGAUUUCGGCACAACAUAUUCUGGUGUCGCAUGGGCCUAUUCGAAACAGCCCGAAGACAUCAACAUCAUCACCAAUUGGGAUUGCACGGAAUACGAAAGCUCAGACAAGGGCAAAGCUCCAACCAGAAUCUCAUACGAGCAAUCGUCAUCGAAUGAAAUCUUGUGGGGCUACAAUGUUGGCGAUAAAGAAGCAGUAGAAUGGUUCAAACUCCUCCUCCUUGAUGAGGAAGAGAUGGACGCAAAACAAAGGAAUUCUCCACAGAUCAAGCAGGCCAAGGAGCUUCUACGGAAGGCUGGCAAGACAGCCGUCCAGGCUGUCACCGACUAUCUCCGUCUCUUGUGGGCUCACGCUGUCUCCAAUAUCGAAAAGGCCUUUGGCGAAGCUACUGUAGAGGGAUUGCCAUUCCAAAUCGUCUGCACUGUGCCAGCGGUCUGGACAACCCAAGCCGUCAAUAAGAUGCGAGAAGCUGCAAAAGACGCUGGUAUCCUUGAACAUAGAAUCGCUGGCGAAACCACACUCAAUUUUGUUUCUGAGCCAGAGGCUGCCGCGCUGGCGACAUUUGACGACCUCAAAGCUAGGCCGAAUUUCCAAGUAGGCGAUACUUUUGUUGUCUGCGACGCUGGAGGCGGGACAGUGGAUUUGAUCAGCUACCAGGUAUCCCAAACUAAACCCAUGCGAUUGAGCGAAUGUGUUGAGGGCUCUGGGAAGCUGUGCGGUGCUGUGUUUCUCGACCAAGACUUCGAAGCAUUCAUGAAACAACUCGUCGGUGAAGCUUGGGAUGUACCAGACUCUGUCAUCAAAGGCGUUAUGAGCGCGCAAUGGGAAAACGGCAUCAAAAGGGGAUUCGAAGACCAAGACCGCAAUUGGAAAAUCACACUGCCUUAUGACUGUGUUACACGCGGGGCUCCACCCUUCAUCUCAUUAGACCGUGGCCAUGUCCGGGAGAUCUUCGACGAUGUUGUCUCGCAAGUACGAUCACUCGUUAAUGAUCAGGUUAGCGCUGUUGAGGAAAAGACUGGCCGGCCACCAAAGGCUGUGGUUCUCGUAGGUGGAUUUGGUAGUUGCAGAUACUUGUUUAACCUUCUGCGCGUUGAAAAUCGACACCGCGGUAUUGAGGUAUAUCAGUCAUCAGGAAACAGACCAUGGACCGCGAUCUGCCGAGGUGCAGUACUCAAGGCUCUAACAAAUUCCCUGAUCCCUGGUCCAGUGGUUCACACGCGGAUUUCACGCUGUAGCUACGGUAUUCGAUACCACACCAUGUUUGACUCUGAUAUCCAUCUAGCAUGCGACAAAUAUCGCGACGAAGUGUCUGGCAGGGACAAAGCACGGAACCAGCUCAGGUGGUACCUGAAAAGAGGAGACAACAUUUCUGAUGCGAAGCCCGUUCGUAUGCCCUGGCAUGCGAACGUCCCGGUCCAAGAGCAUCGUGAGUUUUUCUCACUUGGAGUCUUGAUACAAACAUGCAAGGAAAAGGACCCGCCGGCACGGCAGACAGCCCUUGUCCGCCCCGGAUUUCGAAUUGAAUCCGACGAAGGCAUUAAACUGGCGAAUAUAAGACCGCACAAAGGAGCAGAUGGGCGGUUCUAUAAGAGGAUAGAUUUCGAAAUCGAGAUGAAAGUUAUCGGUACGGCCCUUGAGUUUGCGCUGAUGUAUCAGGGCCAGCGGAUUGGGCAUAGUCAGACGGAGGCAGAGGUGGACACUAAGUGGUAGAAGUUAUUUGAUCAUGGGAACUAAUUUUGAUCUUCCAUUCUGUCUGAUCGUAUUGUCAGAUUGCAUGAUAAUCCAAACCCCUG